UCCCGGCGAUGCAGAUGUCCGCCGGCUCUGUUCCCGGACGUCAGCGGCCGGUCCACGUGGACCUGGGUCGCUGUGGGACCGGAACCCACCCCCUGCGCGUGGGGGAGGGCGAGCCGCAGCAAGGUUCCCCUUUUUCUUCAGCUCAGAGCUUUGAGAAGUGAUUGCUCAAAGGAGGGAGCCGGAAGAACCCAGGUUUCCGUGUCCCCUGCCCGCUAGGCUGGUGGGGAGGGGCCAGACCAGACGCCCGGUCCGCCACCUUACCCACCCUGCCAGUUGGGUCCGCUAGCCACUCGGCCCCAUCCCAGUGGGACUCCGUGAGCCCUCCGACCCUGCGAACGCCCAGGAGUACACCUUGCUGUCUGACUUAAAUCCCUGCUGCUUUAGAGCACGCCCCUUCGGCAGCCAGGGUGGGGCCCAGGCCGAACCUGGCCCUCCCGCCCCCAUCCGCCUUUAGGUCGCUGGUGAGUGGGGCGCCAUGGCGAAUUCCUAAAGAAAGGGGUGGGGGCGUCAGGGCCGGCGAGAGGGACCGCAAAGGAGAUACCAGCAGCCCUCCAGGAACUGGGUGGGGGCCUACCCUCCCACAGGUGGGCUUGGGCAACAGGGUUCGCCAUGGUGAGAGAGGCCUGACCUGCCAUGGAGAUCCUCCAGGCUCCUAGGCUGCAGUGAGGGCCCAGAGCUGGCACCACAGAACCUGGGCAACCCCCUCCACCCACCCAUGCCCACCCCACAUGAGGCCGAGAAACAGCACACAGAGCCAGAGGAGGCAGACAGGCCCCCUUCGAUGUCCAGCCAUGAUGCCGCGGCCCCCUCAGGACCCCCCAGUCGCAACCCCUGCUGCUUAUGCUGGUGCUGCUGCUGCAGCUGUUCCUGGAACCAGGACCGGCGGCGAGCUUGGCAGAUUUCUCGAGAAAGCAAGUUGCAGCCCCUCCCCAGCUGUGAAGUCUGCACUCCGCCAAGCCCCGAGGAAGUACAGAGCUGGGCACAGUCCUUUGACAAGUUGAUGCACAGCCCCACGGGCCGCAGUGUGUUCCGGGCAUUCCUGCGCACAGAAUACAGUGAGGAAAACAUGCUCUUCUGGCUGGCUUGCGAGGAGCUGAAAGCGGAGGCCAACCAGCACGUGGUGGAUGAAAAGGCGCGACUCAUCUACGAGGACUACGUGUCCAUCCUGUCCCCCAAGGAGGUGAGCCUGGACUCCCGUGUGCGGGAAGGCAUCAAUAGGAAGAUGCAGGAGCCGUCACCACACACAUUUGAUGAUGCGCAGCUGCAGAUCUACACGCUCAUGCACCGGGACUCCUACCCUCGGUUCCUCACCUCCCCCACCUAUCGCUCUCUACUACUCCGGGGGGCCCCACAGUCAUCUGAGGCCUAGGUCAC